AUGUCCGACUCUCUAGCUUUGCCUUCCUUCCUCACGGACAAUUCCGUGGCCGCGGCCUUCAAGGAUGCAUACACCUCGUUCUCCGAGCGCAGGGCCGCCCUCGGCCUUCCCAACCCUGGCACCCUGGAUAACAUCUCCCGGGAGGUGCAGAAGGAUGUUCUGCUGUCCAACUUCAUGUUCACCGGUCUCCGGGCGGACCUGACCAAGGUUUUCGGCAUGUCUCCUCUGUUCCGUGUGUCGCAUGCUUUCUCCAUGGGCGGAUCCGGCAACAUGCCCCCAUACAACUUCUCCGCCAUGUACGGAAGUCCUAAGGUCUUCAUGCAAGGCAACCUCGGAAGCGAUGGAGGUCUCGCUGCUGUCGGCAACUACCGUUGGACCCCCAAGUUUGUCACCAAGACCAACACUCAGAUCAUGCCCGGUGGCCAGGGCUUGAUGCAGCUUGAUAAUGACUACACCGGCGACGAUUUCUCCGCCUCUCUCAAGGCUUUCAACCCUUCUUACUUGGAGGGCGGUCUUACCGGUAUCUUCGUCGGAAGCUAUCUCCAGUCUGUUACUCCCAACCUGGCUCUUGGUUUCGAGGCUAUCUGGCAGCGCCAGGCCAUGAACGCUCGUCCUGAAUCUGCUCUCUCCUACGGUGCCCGCUACAAGACCGCCGACUGGAUUGCCAGUGCUCAGCUGCAGGCUCAGGGUGUCAUCACCGCCUCCUACUGGAAGAAGCUCUCCGAGCGUGUUGAGGCUGGUGUUGACAUGAACCUCCAGUUCGCUCCUAACGCUGCUGCUGCUCUCAUGGGUGGUCCCAGCCGUGACGGCACCACUGCCAUUGGCGCCAAGUACGACUUCCGUGCUUCCACUUUCCGUGCUCAGGUCGACAGCACCGGAAAGGUCAGUUGCCUUCUGGAGAAGCGGAUAGCUAUGCCCAUCGCUCUUACCUUUGCCGGUGAGAUCGAUCAGGCCAAGCAAACGGCCAAGCUCGGUCUUGCUGUUUCCCUUGAGAUCGCGGGCGAGGAACUGAUGGAGCAGCAAGAGAAGAUGAGCCCUGAGGACAUGGUCCCUCCUCCCUUCUAA